AGACAGACUCUGGUUGCUAAUCCAUCUGUGCUUCUGCCCUGCGUCCAGGUGUUCCACAGUCUGUUCUGGCCUCUGGAGUUCACUGUUCCUGGCAGGGACAACAACAAGAGCUACGCCAAGGUCAUCUGCAAUAAACUGAACAGGGAUCAAGUGAUUGGGUUCCACUACCUGGGUCCUAAUGCGGGGGAGGUGACACAGGGCUUCGGUGUAGCCAUGAAGUGUGGCGUUACCAAGGAGCAGCUGGAUGGAACCAUUGGUAUUCACCCAACAUGUGCUGAGAUCUUCACCACCUUGGAGGUGACCAAGAGGUCUGGUGGUGACAUCACCAAGGCUGGCUGCUGAGGUUAAACCCUGCUGGUUUAGCUAGCUGCUCUCAUAUCAGAACCUUGUUCCUGAUGCCCUCUUCUUUAUCAGGUCUCUCCUCAAGGCACUUGCUUUAAAAUAGCACUUAAUGCGUGUGACGUUGUACCAACCUUCUGAGGUCAUCGGGAUU